AUGUCAUACGCGGCACCUUCCACAACGAACAACAUUGCAGAGAACAUGGGGCUGCUUAUGGGGUUAAAGGCCUGUCAUCGCCACAAUUGGAGACCACUCCACGUGGUUGGGGAUAGCAAAAUUAUCAUCCAUCAACAGCAGAAGCGGCGACCACCAAAGGCUAAACACCUCACUCAGCUAUACUGGCAAAGUCGGCGGGUUGCGGAUCAACUCUCGGUGAUCAGCUGGCAGCAUCACAUACGCGAUUUCAACAAGAUGGCCGAUGCGCUCGCCAACCUGGCGAUGAAUACACGGCGUAGCAUGCAAUGUAAACCCACUCGAGACAUCGGCUCCGACUCGAUCUGGGAAGAUCUUCAUGCCUACGCAGCCAGUGCCCCACGUCACUGGCUGGAGCACAUCAGCGAUGAGAACGCUUCGGGUUCGGGGCCUUCACACCUUAACGGUUGGGGGCAGCCCUGA